AAUACCACAACUGGGAUAACCGAAGCUUUGCUUGAUAAUUUCAAACUGUUCGCAAAUUUCACGUCAGCCUCUUACUGCCCAAGCAAUGAGAACUCCACCGUCGGCUCACCAAUAACCUACUCGGGGACCGCCUGCCCUCUAGUAGAAGCAGACAAUGUUACUUCGGUCGUAGAAUUCGGCGGCGAAAAUGACACCACAGUAUCCGACAUCAAAGGUUACGUCGCCCUUGAUCCCGUUCGCUCGUUGAUUGUAGUAGCAUUCGCCGGCUCCGGAAACACAAUCCGCAACUACCUCUCGGACUUCGCUUUCGUUGAAAUACCCUACACGGAUUGCAAUGCCUGCUGGGUUCACUCGGGAUUUGCCACUGGAUGGUCAGAACGGCGUUCAGUUGUCCUAGCUGCCGUUUCCACUGCGAUCCUUGCCCACUCCGACUACUCCAUUGUAGUCACUGGCCAUAGUAUUGGAGCCGCAGUAGGGACCCUAGCUGCUGUUGAGCUGAGGAGCUUGAAUUAUAGUGUGGAUAUCUAUACUUAUGGAUCCCCACGAGUUGGGAAUGAAGCGUUUGCGGAUUUUGUAACUUCCCAAGCCCCUGCCCAAGGAAGCAAUUUUAGAAUGACGCAUGUGAAUGACCCUGUGCCUCAGCUACCCCCUACUUGGGUUGGCUAUCAGCAUACGAGCCCGGAAUACUGGCUGAGUUCGGGAAAUGAUACAACGGAGGAUUAUGGCGCACAGGAUGUUGUUGUAUGUGAAGGCGUGGGGGAUGAGGGAUGUAAUGCUGGUACAGGGCUGGUGCCAAUUGAUGGGGAGGCGCAUAAUCAUUAUUUGGGACUGAUCGAUGUGUGCCAAGGCCCAAUUUCGUUGUAA